CCAAAAACCCCUCCUCCGCGAAGAGCCACCAGAGACGCAGAGCUAGCGCCCACCAAGAAGAUGAGCUCGGCCUCUCCCAGAUCCCACCGUGUUCCACGGUGAUCUCAAUCUCUCCCUUUCCCGUUACCAAUUCGCUUUCUUUCUCUAGGGUCGUCCCCCGUUUUCCCAUGUUGGGUCCGAGAAGACCCGGUUCCUCAAUCCGAUUCGGGCCAUGAAUGGUCCCUCUGACCCGCCGUCGCUCCCCUGUGUUCUUCUUUCAUACGGGUCUUCGUUGCUGGUGUUCUUUCUCUUUUCGUCCGACAUUGAAGACGUUCUUGCAGCAGCAGCCAGCUGAUUUCUUGAAUUCUUUUUUAUGUAAGUUGGAUGAAGACAUUCUGACUGCUCGGUGUUGAAUGUUCUUCGGCAUUGGGCUCACGGGGAGUCUUGGAAAGGAGGCAUUUCUAACGUUUUCGGGUGAUUGCGCUGGAAUUUGUUUGUUGGGGGGCAUUCGGGUUCCUGCUCUUGUUGGUUUUUAUUUAUGGGCGGUGAACAUCGUCCGGAGUUUGUGCUUGGAUUGUUGAGUUCGCUUCGUGGGUAUGUUUCCAUGUGAAGAGAAUCCCAGAACAUGCUUUCUCUGCGUCCCAUUCGCAGAAUUUGCCAUGCCGCCGUCGCCACCGCCGCCACCAUUGCGUCGAACAGUAGUCCGGCGGCUGUAUCGGGCCAUGUUCAUAAGGCAAAGGCAAAGGCAAUAGAGGAACCUGCUCUCGUGAAGCUCAAAUGUGAAAGGGACCCUGAUAAGCUAUUUCACCUAUUUAGGGCGAAUGCUCACAACCGCCUCGUCAUUGAGAACCGUUUUGCUUUUGAGGACACGGUUUCUAGGCUAGCAGGUGCUGGUCGGUUUGACUACAUCGAGCAAUUGCUUGAGCAGCAGAAGGCCCUUCCACAGGGUCGGCGUGAAGGGUUCAUUGUGAGGAUUAUCAUGCUGUAUGGUAAGGCCGGAAUGGUUAAACAUGCGCUCGAUACUUUCUAUGACACGCAUUUGUUUGGUUGUAAAAGGUCUGUCAAGUCUUUCAAUGCUACAUUGCAGGUUUUGAUAGAAGCCCGUGAUUUAACAGCUAUUGAGGCCCUCCUUAGCGAGGUUCCACAAAGGUUUAGUAUAGAGCUGGAUAUAAUUUCUCUUAACAUUGUUAUUAAGGCGUUCUGUGAAAUGUCAUUUUUGAAUAAGGCUUAUUUAGUCAUGGUAGAGAUGGAGAAAUCUGGUAUCAGACCAGACAUAGUUACAUAUACUACACUAAUGUCCGCGACCUACAAGAGUAAUAGGUGGGAACUUGGUAACGGUUUGUGGAAUCUUAUGGUGCAUAAGGGUUGUUUGCCGAAUCUAGCAACUUUCAAUGUCAGAAUUCAGUACUUGGUAAAUAGGCAAAGAGCUUGGAAUGCUCAUAAGAUGGCCGCUUUGAUGAACAAAAUCGGGAUUGACCCUGAUGAAGUCACAUAUAAUUUGGUGAUUAAAGGGUUCUUCCUUGCUGGAUAUCCUGAAAUGGCCAAGAGGGUUUAUUCUGCGUUACACGGCAAUGGAUACAGACCCAAUAUUAAGAUUUACCAGACCAUGAUCCAUUACCUUUGUAAGGGAGGCGAUUUGGAUUUGGCAUAUUCAAUGUGUAAGGACUGCAUGCGAAAAUGUUGGUUUCCUAGCGUCGAUUCCAUUAUUGCACUUCUUGAAGGCCUAAAGAAAAGUGGGCAGCUUGGGAAAGCUAAGAUGAUCAUAGCACUGGCCAAGAAAAAGGCACCACCUUUUUCUGAGAUUCAGAUGGACUCUUUUCAGUCCAAAUUAUCCUAGAAUUGAUUUUGGGUGGAUGAUGAACCUCUCAAAAUUUUUUCAGACAGUCAGAAUCGUCAUGCCUGACUUGAAAUUAUAGAGCACUGUGAUGUCAUCACAUCAGAUCAAAGGAGCAAGAGUAUAUCAUAAUCAUUCUAAGGAACAUUGGUUUCUCCAGCCUAUGGGUUUUGGUUUUUGCUACAAAAUGAGUAUUCCAGGUGGAUGACAACCAUGCGAUUGCCAUUGCUUGUAAUUGGGCUUGUCAAUUCAGCUUUUUUUCUGUGAAUGGAUGGCGAUGGACACAGAGGGAGGACCUCCUCAGGCUCUCAGUACAUCUAGCACGGGAUGACCAGCCUUCUUCAUAGCCUCGUGGUUGGACUUAAGAUGACCAUACCUCAAGGUCAGAGGUUCAAGGCAUGGUGAGAGAGACAGGCUUAGUCAGAAUAACUAGCACGAAGUUCGGAUCAACAGGACAAGAUCGAGCUUAAUACAACUUCCACGAGAAUUGCCGCUGCCUCUGUUAGGAUACUGAUCAAGAGCAUAUAGCAAAUAACCAACGGAUGCAACUCUUUUCUUUUUCAGAUUAAAAAGAAAUGGUUGAUGUGCUUGCUUCCUUACGAUGCUCGAGUCUUUCGUGGUGGUUGUGUGGGAAUUAAAUCCUGCCACUGCAAUAUGGACCUAGAUCCUCUAUGAAGGUAAUAGAUAAGUGAUUACUACCAACCUCUUGAAUCCUCAGCCUUAGCACUUGUCUUGUUAUGGAGAUGAAUGCUUACUAUAUACCCGUCAAUACUUUGAUGCAAUAGGUUUGAAAAUUGUUUUCCAUCAGUUUCAGUCACACACCAUCAACAGAUUCCUUUGGUUCAGCCUUUGGCUUCAAGUUGAAUAAUCAAGUACUGGAGAAAGUGGAAAGUUCCAGAGCAAUAUAGAGACAUACUUUUUGUCGUUAACUGUGUUUUCGUGGAAAUGCUGUAAUUCUUUGAGAUCUGACCAUUGGUUCAGUCAGACUCUUGUUACUAAUAAUGUUGUUUAUAAGUCAUGGCUUCCCAACAGUGUUGUGGUGAUGCAUUGUAUUUCCACAAACAUGCAACAUUUCCACUUGUUAUCUUUGAUCAUAUACUAAAGGUAUAUGGCGGGCAUGAUGGAGUUGCAAAGAGAAUGCACCAGAUAGCCGUGUCCGGGUGCGUAAUUGCAGCGUAAAAUGUGAGAAUGAGCCUCUUUUUCAUGCUAAGUGACCAUGCGCUGCGGAAGGAGCGAGUAGUUUGGGCUAUCCAUUUGCCUAUACGAACUCGUGUUUUGUUCGGAGUCGCAGCCUUUUAAUUGGACUCCACACAGUUGACGACUCAAGUACAAUACAACCCAUAUGGGAUUGAAAAUUUGGAUUGGUAUUACCUGGAUCUGUACGAAGAGGCAGGGUCAAGGAGAACUUGCCAAGCAAGUUACUAUUUUGUUGAUGAGGGAGCAUGGAGAGCCUUUCUUGAAUUGCUUGCCAAGGCAAUUUGAGUAGUGCAGUAUUCAUGGAUUUGUUGAAAUCCCAUAUUAACAGCACUUCUUGUUCUUUAGAUAUUGCAUAGAUUUCGUUUUUCUA